AAGUCAAAUAUCAAAUCAUGUUGUCGGUUUUGCUAUCUGACAGUGUUUAGGGGCGAUAAUUACACGAAAACGACUCCACCUAUUCACUAGUCAGCGUUGGUUCGGAGUCCGGGUAGUUUUAUUCUGCGAAAGCGCAUUUCUGAAGGUCCGCCGCAUAUCCAACCUGUGUACUUGGCCUUUCCAACCAGUUUCCAGCAGUUUCGGUUUCGCUUCUAGUUGAUAAAUCCGGCAGGGGGCCGCAUCCGCUGACGGUACCGUCAGUCGCUCCGUUCGCUGCCAUGGCGUCAUCGUCCCGAACAAAUGCGCCGCGCGAAACGCGUCCUACUCGAAAGUAUGCUGCGCCUGCACCUGAUUUUAGUGACGACGAUUCUAGCUACGAGUCUGAAGAUGACAGUACCUCAGUUUCAAGUUCGGACGGCCACGAUGUUUCGACUCAGCCCGGGACAUCCGCAGCUGCUCACCGGGUCCGUACUUCGCUAGGCCAGGAUGUGCUGCCACCGGCUGCGAAGAAACUUCUCUUUACGCCGAGAAGGCCGCCCGGAGCACAUCUCGGCCCAGCACUACGGAGCAGCGCAAGACAUUUUACGACGGCGCGCGAUUUUUUUUUAUUAUUCUUCACGGCAGAAGUGAUUAGUAACAUAUGCAAAAAUACCAACAAAUAUGCUUGGAUGCAUAUUUUGGAAUUGCCAAGCUACGCUGAGCGAGAUGGAUCGUGGAAAGAGGUGACUCCCGACGAACUUGUGAAGUUCAUUGGACUUCUAAUUUAUAUGGGGAUUGUGAACGUGCCACGCAUCCAUCUAUACUGGAACACCAGUAGGCUUUUUUCAGGGCUUGUUCCGCGGAACAUUAUGCCAAGGAGACGGUUCUCAGCCCUUCUCCGGUUCCUAAGUGUCACUGAUCCGGAGGCGACUACGGUAGCUUCGCACGGCAAACUGCACCGCAUAUUGUGGCUUCUGGAACAUAUGAACACAGCAUCAGCAGAACUUUUUCAACCUGCCCGGAACCUCUCUGUGGAUGAAAGAAUGGUGAAGUCAAAAGGAAGAUCCGGUAUUCGGCAAUACAUGCGGGACAAAAUUGUAAAGUGGGGUUACAAAUUGUGGGUACUUGCUGAUUCGCAGACUGGCUAUUCUAUUCAAUUUUAUGUGUACGCGGGCAAACGUGAAACACCUAGUGCCAGUGGACUAGCAUUUGAUGUGGUGACGCAACUGUGCAACAACUACCUUGAACAAGGAUAUGUUAUCUACAUGGAUAACUUUUACACGUCUGCGUCUCUCUUUGCUCACCUGCUAGAGCACAAAACACUCGCCUGUGGAACGACGCGAAAAGAUCGUCGGUGUUUCCCAGCUGAAUUGAAGGACACGUCUUGGGAGAAGAAGGCAAAGAGAGGUGAUGUUCGGUGGCUACGACAAAACAACAUCCUGUAUUUACAGUGGAAGGAUAAGAAGGUUGUCCAUAUGAUGUCGACUGCGCACACUGCCAACAAGCAUGUUUCAGCCACAAGAAAAGAGAGAAGGGGUGGCGUGUGGAGUAUGACCCAAAUCGAGAAGCCGCUGCUGAUAGAUGAAUACAAUUCUGGGAUGCUUGGUGUAGACAAGUCGGAUCAGCUGAUUGCAUCUUACAACGUUUUGAUGAAGUGCGUAAGGUGGUGGAAAACUCUCUUCUUUCAUUGCAUAGACAUUGCUGUUGUGAAUAGUUUCAUCCUUUUUCAAGAGCACCGCCAGCAACACCUCUCGACACCGGAAUUUCAAAGAGGCGCCAACUUCGAUCAACUUUCCUUCCGGAUGGAGCUCACCCAACAGCUGCUCGAGCUUGACGAUGAAGAUGUUCCGCGAGAAGAUCCCGUGCCAAAACUGCACCUUCCUCAGAAGAUGCCGCAAAGGCGAAACUGUAGAAUGUGCUACGAGGAACGCAAAGUGGAACUAAAAACGAACGUUUUGUGCGAGGAGUGCGGUGUACACCUUUGCAUCACGAAAACCAGGAACUGCUUCACCGCAUGGCACGAGCGAUGAAGCCGUUACUGGCCUGUAGCUUUUUUUGCGUAUCGGAAGAAAAGCGUUGUACAGAUAAUUUUUUUUUCUAUGAUAGCAUUCCAGGGUCAUUUAUCUUCAAAAUGUAUAUUUUAAAUUUUCUCUGUUAAUAUUUUUUUUGUAGAUAUCGUGUUUUUUCAUUCUUGUUUUUAUCAACAUGCCACGAAAAUAGCUUUUUGUCGAAUUUUUGUGUUUGCUAUAAAAUUUUCUUUUCUUUUGAAACUUGUGUUUUUGGAAAGAGUAUUCUAUUGUGUGCGAUUUGGUGUGCUGCAAUGUGUGCUGGGGUAUUAUUUGUACUGGCAAAAAAUUUUUUCCCGAGACAUACGAAAAAUGGCCAUUUUCGCACGGUAACGAAAGA